AUGGGGGAUAGCAAUGGUAGUUUUAAACUAUUUGGUGUUACGAUCAAUAAUGAUGAAAAUGAGGAUUCGGUAUCAGUAUCACAAAAGAAAGGAAAAAGAUGGAGUGAAGAGGAACAUCGGGCGUUCUUGUGUGGAUUGGAGGAACUAGGAACAGGAAAUUGGAGUGAAAUCGCUAAACAGUUUGUGCCAAGCAGAACGAGAACACAAAUUUCCAGUCAUGCUCAGAAAUAUUUUGCAUGGCAGAAGGCUAAGAAUGACAAAGCAGCGAAAUCAACAAGUAAUGUUGACUCGUCAUCGCCUACUUCAGGGAAAGAAGAUUCGAAUGAAGAGAGACCACUUUCACCAAUGCCAAUCAGUUACAGUGUUCCAAAUGUUUCUAAUAAUGGGGAUUCAGUGAAUUUACUAUCAAGGAAGCAGGAAGGAAAAUGGACUGAAGAGGAACACGAAGCCUUCUUGAUUGGAAUGGAGAAAGUUGGAAGAAAUUGGACUAGAGUUUCGAAGGAGUUUGUGCAAAGUAGGACGCCAACGCAAAUUACGAGCCACGCUCAGAAAUAUUUUGAGAGUCUAAGAAACAACAGAGGACCCAAACGCAGUGUCUUUGACAUUACUUUGGAACAAGAAUCCACAAGUACUUGUCCAGAAUCUGUCACGAAAGGCAAACAAGUCUUGAAAUGA